UCCUACAAACAAACAUGCAUCAUCUUCUCCUCCCAAACUCCCCUGCCUUCCAACCUUUUUCGACAUCGUCAAAGCUUAUUCGAGGCAUAACUCACUUAACAUGAUAUUACUUCGACUCAACCCUCAAAACUCAACCACCUCACUCUUCCCAAACUCCCACCAUUUCACCACAAAAUUGCCAUCAUCCAAGCCGCCCAAUCACCUCAACUUCUCCACAAUCAAGAAACUCAGAGCUCUCCAAACUGCCACCGAUGCCGACCAAUCCGACUCCGUGCAGCCAUCCCCGCCCGAACACGAGGAGCCUCCAGUUGUCAACUUCGCAUUCGUCCACUCGGUUUUGCUGCCGGAUGGAACGCCGGAUGUGCAUUACCGGAAGGCCUGUGGAGGGCAGAAAUUGAGAGAGAUAAUGCUUGAUAACAAUCUUGAAUUGUAUGGACCAUAUUCUAGGCCUCUGCUAAACUGUGGGGGAGGUGGAACUUGUGCUACAUGUAUGGUUGAGGUUGUUGAAGGAAGGGAAUUAUUGAACCCUCGAACAGAAAAAGAGAAGGAAAAGCUUAAAAAGAAGCCCAAAAAUUGGAGACUUGCCUGUCAGGCGAUUGUUGGUGAACCAGAUUCAAGAGGGCUGGUUGUGAUCCAACAACUUCCGGAAUGGAAAGCUCACAGCUGGAAUUAUGCAAAAGAGCUUCCUGAAGAUGUUUUGCAAAUAUGAAAAUCUUUUUUACUUUUUUUUCAUUUUAUAAUAAUUUUUAUUUUCAUUUUGGGUUGCUAAAAUCUGUAGUUUUUUCAUAGAUGUAAAAGGAAAAAAGUAUGGUGAAAUAAAAAGUCAUAACAUUAUUGAGACA